AUGGAUGUUGAGGUCGUUAAGGAUGGAUCGCAAGGGAGCAGGGAGGAGAAGGAAGCCGAGCGCAAGGAAGCUGUUCGCAAGGAAGAUUGCGAAGAAUUAAAUGCCCACGUGUCGAAUCGCGUAUGGCCUCACGUUCUGACACCUCCCACCUCGACUCCCUCGCUGCUCCCCUGCACCAGGUCCACCAACGCCGCAGACCCCGACCAACCAGUGUCCGUGAGCGCGGCCCACGGGCGCCUCGUGCUCCUCCUCCGCUUUACGCGCUCGGGCUUCCACCUCACGCGCCUCGCUCCUCCCGCUCCCGAUUCCUUCCACUCGCCGGGAAGCGCCGCGAGCCUCCCAACCCUAGCCAUGGCGAGCGCGUCGGCGGCGGCCGGGGCCUCCUCCUCGUCCACCCCGCAGGCAGGCGGCGGGGACGCGCCGCGGCAGCGCCGGGCCCCGCGCGCCGGCUCCGACCCGCUGCUCAUCGUCUGCGGCUGCUUCAGCGUCGUCACGGCCGCCACCGCGCUCCUCUGCGUCGCCGUCAACGUCCUCUCCGCCGUCCAGGCCUUCCGCGCCGGCUCCAAUAUAUUCGGGGGCAUAUUCCGGUGCUACGCGGUGGUGUUCUCGCUCUUCGUCGGCGUCCUCGAGACCGAGUGGGGAUUCAUCAUCAAGUUCUGGAAGAUAUUUGAAUACUGGCCUGCACGGGGAAUGCUACAGAUCUUUGUUGCUGUCAUGACAAAGGCAUACCCAAGUAUUGAAAGGAAUGAUCUGAUUUUGCUCCAGGAGAUUGCCAGCUAUAUGCUUCUUGCAUGUGGAGCUGUCUAUGUUAUCUCGGGGAUAUUGUGCAUUGGUGUGCUAAAACAUUCUAGGCAGCAGAAAGCAACAUCAAGGGAGCAAGCAGUCAAGGAUCUGCAGGAGCUGGAGAGACGGAGAGAAGAACUUGAGGCGCUGUUAAUUGCUGAGCGGUCCGAGCUGGUCUGAAGGCUGACCACAAUGAUCUAACGUCUCUCUUCCAUUGUAGAUAACUGUCUUUUCUGAUGAUAGCAUACUGCUUGGUGACGGCCAAUGAUCGUUCAUCCAGAAGUCAUUUUUGUUGAAGUGUAUCUUCGUUAGUUCCUCUGUAUUGUGGUUUUCCUCUUGUUUCCAGCUGAGUUGUGGAUUUCUGGUUUUGAAGCAUUGCCUGGGAAUAGUAUGUUGUUUCAGUUAGAUUACAGCAUGUGUGUGAUGUACCAUGCUGCCCUCAUGUAUGGCAUUUGUGUCAUGUACCAUGCUGACCUCGUGUAAGCUUGUUGUGUAUGUUGCUGAAUAGUUCCCCUGAAUUUUGUGUAGGGUUUUUGUUCAUGAACCAUGAGCUCAAGCAAUUUCCUUUUCUCACAGAUGAAUUGUAGUAACUCAUCCUUUCCUAUUGAAGUCAUGAUUAUGAUUAUGAUUUCUUGAA